UCAAGGAUAGAGUUACAACUGCAUCUUAAUUGUGCAUCAUGAGUCCGCUCAGGGUUCUGGGCACAGGAUGCCUUCUACUCCUAGCCCAGGCAGCAUUGUCCACGGGACGCUACACCCCGGACUGGGACUCCCUGGACACGAGACCAAUCCCGGACUGGUACGACGAUGCCAAGAUCGGCAUCUUCCUGCACUGGGGCAUCUUCUCGGUGCCCAGCUUCGGCAGCGAGUGGUUCUGGUGGGACUGGCAGGGGUCAAAGGUGCCGGCGUUCCGCGAGUUCAUGGAGCGCAACUACCGGCCCGGUUUCACGUACCAGGACUUCGCGCCGCAGUUCAAGGCCGAGUUCUUCGACCCGGACCGCUGGGCGGCGAUCUUCAAGAAGGCGGGCGCCCGCUACGUGGUGCUGACCAGCAAGCACCACGAAGGCUUCACUCUGUGGCCCUCGGCGGUGUCGUGGAACUGGAACGCUGGAGACGUGGGACCCCGCCGCGACCUGGUGGGAGACCUGGCGCGAGCCGUGAGGAAGGAAGGUGGCAUCCGCUUCGGUCUCUACCACUCGCUCUACGAGUGGUUCAACCCGCUCUACCUGGCGGACAAGGAGGCCGGUUUCAAGACGAACGACUUCGUCGCCCGCAAGACGAUGCCGGAGCUCGUCGAAAUAGUCACCAAAUAUCGUCCCGAGAUCAUCUGGUCGGACGGCGACUGGGAGGCCCCGGACACGUACUGGAAUAGCACGCUUUUCCUGGCCUGGCUCUACAACGACAGCCCCGUCAAGGACACGGUGCUGGUCAACGACCGGUGGGGCAAAGGGACGCCGUGCAAGCACGGCGACUUCUACAACUGCAAGGACCACUACGACCCGGGCACCCUGGUCGUUCACAAGUGGGAGAACGCCAUGACCGUAGACAAGGAGUCGUGGGGAUACCGCCGGAACGCCCGGCUGACCGACUACCACACCAUCGAGGAGCUGCUCGCCGAACUGGCCUCCACGGUCAGCUGCAACGGCAACUUCCUCCUCAACGUGGGACCCAAUAGUGACGGCGUCAUCCUCCCGGCGUUCGAAGAACGCCUCACGCAAAUGGGAACCUGGCUCCAGGUGAACGGCGAGGCCAUCUACGGGUCCCGGCCUUGGAAGAGCCAGAACGACACCGUCACGCCCGGGGUGUGGUACACGUCCAAGAACGACACCGUCUACGCGAUCGUGCUCCACUGGCCCAAGAACAACAAGCUAGCCCUGGGGUCCCUGUCGCUCAGCAAGGGAGCUACGGUCACUAUGCUCGGCCUAGACGGAUACGACUUUACGCCGUACACUGCGACUACGCCAGAAAAUUGGAACAACGUGGGCCGGACUGUCAUCACCUUCCCGUCGCUCACGCCAGACGUCUUGCCCACGCCUUGGGCCUGGGUGCUCAAGAUCCGUGGCGCGUUGUAGUGGAGACAAUGACGACGGGUAAAAU